AUGUCAACUCAAUCCAACAGACGCAUUCUGAACCCCGGCGGCACGAAUGAUUCGUUUCAAGCUGAACAGUACACUAAGGGCUCCCUUGACCUUGACCAACUGCUCGCGGACCCUGUCGUACAGUUCAACACCUGGUUUCAGCAUGCCCAAGCAGAGAAAGUCUACCAGCCGGAAACCGUAACCCUAUCGACUGCAGAGUUACCCUCAGGACGGGUAAGCGCUCGGAUGGUCUAUCUCAAGGAAGUUGAUGAACGUGGCUUCGUCGUUUACAGUAAUUGGGCCACAUCGCGAAAAUCUAAAGAUGUGGCUUCGAACCCGCAGGCAGCACUAACUUUCUGGUGGCACGAAUUGGAACGACAGGUACGAGUAGAGGGGCCUUGCGAGCGCAUGUCAUCCGAGGAGAGUCAGUUAUACUACGAUACUCGCAUUCGCGGUUCUCGCCUGGGUGCCUGGGCGAGUCAGCAAUCACAAGUACUGCGAGAUAGGGCUGAGCUCGAAGGGCAGGUCAUGGAGGUUGAGAAACGUUUCGCAGGACAGGAGAACAUCCCUGUUCCGGAAUUUUGGGGCGGCCUGAGGGUGAAGCCAGAGAUGGUGGAGUUCUGGCAGGGAAGGCCGAGUCGACUGCACGAUCGCUUCCGGUAUACGAGGGGAUCAGAUGGUAGCUGGAAGGUCGACAGACUGAGUCCUUGA